GAAACUCUGCUCCCUCCUUCUCCACCUCCUCCUCCUCCUGCCGCUGCUGGUCGGCGCCACCCACAACUACGGAGACGCCCUCUCCAAAUCGAUCCUCUUCUUCGAAGGCCAACGAUCCGGCCGCCUCCCGCCGGAUCAGCGAGUCAGGUGGCGGAGAGACUCGGCGAUAUCCGACGGCUCAGAAGCAGGGGUCGAUCUAGAAGGCGGAUACUAUGACGCCGGCGACAAUGUGAAAUUCGGAUUCCCAAUGGCCUUUACCACAACAAUGCUGGCCUGGAGCGUCAUCGAAUUCGGCGAAUUAAUGCCCUUCGAUGAGCUCCGGAAUGCCGCCACCGCCGUCCGGUGGGCGUCUGAUUACUUGCUUAAAACUAUCGCUUACCCAAAUCGUCUAUUCAUCCAGGUAGGGGACCCGAUAAGGGAUCAUAAUUGCUGGGAGAGACCCGAGGACAUGGAUACUCUACGGACAGUAUACAGUGUCAGCUCCGAGAAGCCGGGAUCGGAUGUGGCUGGAGAGACGGCGGCGGCGUUAUCGGCGGCGUCCAUGGCGCUCCGGCAAAUCGACGCCGGCUAUGCAGAUAGGCUAUUGGAAGGCGCAUUUAAGGCUUUCGAGUUCGCUGAUACGUACAGAGGAGCUUACAGCGAUGAUCCGGAGCUUAAGGCAGGUGGCUGCCCAUUCUACUGUGAUUUUGAUGGAUAUCAGGAUGAGCUACUUUGGGGAGCUGCAUGGCUAAGAAGAGCCUCACAAAACGACUCCUUCCUCAAUUACAUCCAAAACAAUGGCAAAACUCUUGGAGCUGAUGACAAUAUAAACGAAUUCGGCUGGGACAACAAGCAUGCAGGCCUCAACAUCCUAGUCUCUAAGGAAUUUCUGGAAGGAAAAGUGUUCUCUCUACAGUCAUAUAAAGAGUCAGCUGAUAGUUUCAUGUGCACAUUGGUUCCAGAAUCUUCUUCCCCCCAUAUACAAUACACUCCAGGUGGCCUCAUUUACAAGCCUGGUGGGAGUAAUAUGCAGCAUGUGACCUCCAUUGCCUUCCUUCUCCUCACUUACGCCAAUUACCUUUCCAGAACCUCACAAUAUGUUAACUGUGGAAGCAUUGCUAUCAGUCCUGCUUCCCUUAGGGCUCAAGCCAAGAAACAGGUUGAUUAUAUAUUGGGGGACAAUCCAUCAAAGAUGUCAUAUAUGGUAGGGUAUGGAGACAAAUUUCCUCAAAGAAUUCACCAUAGAGGCUCAUCACUCCCAUCAAUUGCAAACCACUCAGAAUUCAUUGCAUGCAAGGAAGGAACAAUUUAUUUCAACUCCUCAAACCCUAACCCUAACCCUUUGAUUGGAGCGAUUGUGGGUGGACCGGGAGAGGAUGAUAUUUAUGAAGAUGAUCGAGCCGAUUUUCGCAAAUCCGAACCAACUACUUACAUCAAUGCUCCUUUAGUUGGUGUCUUGGCAUAUUUUGCUGCUAAUCCUAAUCUUUAG